GAUCUGUGUCGUGUGCACGAUAGAUUUGUAGUUUAUUUCAGCUCUGACUACAGAGAAAAGCAGUAAACUCGUGACAAAUACAGGUCGUAUUUCUCUGUUGUCCGAGCUAAUUGACAAACAUGUGUAGUAACAAUCCUGGCUCGAUGAUUCCAUAUGGCUUGAAGGUUCCUAAUUUAUCGCCGUACAUGCCACUGGGUACAGCACUCACCCAGCUCCCUUUAGAUUUCCACCGAGCUCAACUGUACGACUAUAAUGCCCGGCUGCAGUAUGGCAUCCGCAGCCACCCAACUACGCUAGGGCUGAACCCUUACGCCCACACUAUGGACACGCUCGGUCAUCCAUACGUAUUCAAGCAGGACUUACGAGCUCGUUACAUACAUGAAGAACCAAAACCGAGUCACAGCUACAUCGGACUUAUCGCUAUGGCAAUAUUAAAUUCCAAAGAAAAGAAGCUUGUUCUAAGUGACAUAUAUCAAUGGAUAUUGGACAAUUACCCUUACUUCCGUACUCGCGGACCUGGCUGGAGAAAUAGCAUCCGACACAAUUUAUCGUUAAAUGAUUGCUUCAUCAAAGCUGGACGCAGUGCCAACGGAAAGGGCCACUACUGGGCCAUUCAUCCGGCCAAUAUUGAAGAUUUCAAUAAGGGUGAUUUUCGUCGCCGACGUGCUCAGAGACGGGUUCGAAAACAUAUGGGAUUGUCUGUACCAGAUGAUGAGGACAGCCCUAGCCCGUCUCCGACCAGCGCAGCACCUAUCCCCAAAUGGCCGGAUUCUGCCCCAGUUGUUGGAAUCGAUGAGACUAAAGAAAGCGCCGACAACGUUGAUACUACCUCACCUGGAAAUUUCUCGCCCGUCGUUGGGGACAGCAGUCCCAUCGCAGUGACAAGGGAAACGAAAUCCUGUUCCCCGGUUACUACGUCAGAGACACCGUGCGUGAAGAAAAGACUCUUUGAUAUGGAAAGUUUGCUAGCCCCUGAGACCAAAAGGCGGACUUGUACAUCUUUUACAAAAGAUGACUUUUCACGAACUGUUGAUAUGCCUAGUGAUCGCGAAGCGAACAAUAUCCUAAACAACAACCAGACUAGUCCAGGAAAAGGACCCGACGUACGGGACUUUACAGAUAAGAUUAUAGGCAAAUGCGAACCACAAAACGCAAUAAUAAGUAUAGCUAACAGCCAGCGUCUAAGCGAACUGCACAAUGUUGGAUUAUUGUCUGCGGCCGAAAGUCUAAAAGCCUCUGCUGAACAUAUUGGACUUCACUCAAAACUUAGUGGCUGCGGUGGAGGUGAUAUGCUGACCCCAAAAGCUGAAACGGGAUACGUCAGUGCCUUUCACAGUAUGCUACCCUCGACGUGGGGAGCUUUAUCCUCUUACGCCUAUCCAAUAAUGGGUGGGAGUCACUAUUCAAUUACAGUUCCUGUCACCACCUUCUCGAGUCCGGCGAAGAAGUGGCCUCCAGGUUUUACUGAUAUCGCACAUCAUAGACGCCACAGCCCAGAAAAAGAGGUACAGGUGGACGUUUGAACUAUAAUAAUAAUAAUAACACUAAUAAUGACAAUUUAAUCAUAAUAAUAACAAUAAUGAACAUAAUAAUGAAAUGAUGAUAAUGAUGAUUAUGACAGCAGUAAAACACUUAAAAAAAAACUGUGACAGUAUCAACAAAAAAUGCAACAAUAAUAAACAUUAUCAAAAACGUAAAAAAAAAUAUGACAAAACUACAUUGUAAUAACAUUGAAGUUUAUUUGAUAAUAUAUAGAGAGUGUUAUGUUACAUAUUUAUUAUGUGCGGAGGACGUAUAGUGGCAAUAUCACACAAUUAUAACCAUGUGAGAUAAAAAUGAUAUUACAAAAUGUGAUGAUAAAAAGUUGAUGAUAACGACAACAACAACAACAACAAUAAUAACAAAAAUAAAAGUGGUGAUUAUAAUGAUGAUGAUUGAUUAUAAUUAUGAUGUUGAUGAGAUAUUUCAAUAUGAGAUGGAAGCAAAACAAAAAAAAAAAAGUAAAACAACAAAGUAAAAACAAGUAAUCGUUGAUAAAAAAUAUACUACUGGAAAUUGACGCGUCGGCCAGGAUGAUUUUGGAACCGCUUCUUUC